CGCCCAGUCAAAGAGGGCUGUGCUCGCCUGGACGGUGCACUCGGCUGCUGGCUCCUCCACAGCCAUGGAGACCCUGGAGACCCUUCUCGUGCUCGGCGCCCUGUUCUUCUUGCCCGCUGAAGCCCAGCAGGCCACAGAACGCCGCCUGAAGCCGUGGCUGACGGGCCUGGCCGCGGUCGUGGGGUUCCUGUUUGUCGUCUUCGUCUUCUUGCUGAUCAACCGCAUCUGGUGCUCCAAAAGGAGAGAUGAGGACGAGGAAUCCAUGUUCAGAAUGGAGACCCGCGUGAUCCAGGACACAGACCCGAGAAGAGAAGGCAAGAGGGAGAAGACAGAGGAGAAGGAGAAAGAGAAGAAAAAAGCUACAAAAGAAGGAGAGAGCAACUUGGGCCUGAAACUGGAGGAGGAAGGGGAGCUUGGAGACCAGGAGAAAGACAAGAACACGGCCAUGUGAAGGUGCCACCUCCUCCAGGCAGACCCCCCGAGAUGCCCCUUCCACACUCUAUAACCAAUGACCCGGGCCUGAAACCACCAAAAUAACUCCAUCUGGGUUGUAAAUAUAGUGCCCGAACGAAGAGGCUUGGGACAUGCCUCGCCCGUCCAGGAAGGCUCCUUGCAUCUUACAUGGCUCUAUGUGCCCCUUCCCGACUGGCCCUGCCUGGUGAUUCUUCUUGCACUUGGUUAUGAAGAAACCCCCAAGCCCCCACAAUCUCAUGGCUCCCCCUGCUUCUACCCACCAUCUGGUUUCUUUUCCCUCUGCCUGAUACCUCUUGGUCAGAAUCUCUCUCUCAGAACCAUUAUGGACCAGGGGCUGUCUCUCGGGGUCCUGCAUUAAAAAAUUGAUCAGAGCCCUUCGGAAGGGCUCCUGUCAUGUCUUGGCGCUGUUUCCUCUGGGAGAGGCAGUGUUUGGUCUGGGGGGCGAUGCCCGGGCUGGCAGGGAAGGUCAGGCUGCACAGAUGCCCUGGGCAGUUGGUGCUUCCCCCGCAGUCCGGAUCCGGCUGCCCUGAGGCCUGGACUUUGAGCCCGGGGUGGGGGGGGGGUCUCCUGGGCAGCGCUUGUUUCCUCCGCCCCUGUGUUUCGGGUCCCAGAACUUUGUGACUCAGUGUCUGAGAACUGGGUCUUGGAGGGGGCCCAGGACCCUGCCUUUUCUAGGGAUGGAACAAGCGUUUUCUCCUCCUAGUUUCCAGUCUUCCCUUCUCACUGUCUAUGGGCCCUGGACCUCGCCCUGGAUGCUGACUAUUCCUUCACAGUUAGAUAUUCUUAAUGAGGACUUCGACACAGAAUGGCAUUUGGAUCUCUGUUUUGGGGCCUGUACCCCGGGGGUGGAAGGAUCCCACCCAAAAGGUUUCUAAGAACACGUCCAGGACCGCACACCAGGUGGGCAGGAAAACUGUCAAUGAAGGAACAAAAUAAACGCUCUAAUGGGUGCGCCUACUGAA